GCUACUGCGACAUCGCGCUGCUGCUGGGUAUGAAAAUGCGCAGCUAGACCGUCUGAGGGGGUGAAUGGGAAAGUCAGCAGUUUCCCCCCUGCGUGGGGAAAAAAAGAAACGUAGUACAGUGUGCAGGAAAAAGUGACGGGGAACUGCAGUGAUGGUAGAAUGAGAGACAGGAGGGCGAGAGCAAUAUUGCAGCAAAAUAUCCCGCUUGUAUUUUUCCAGCUGACAGUGAAAGGAAAUUAACGAUAAACGGAGCUUUACAACUGAUAAAAUAAUAUUUACAGUUGCCUUAAGGAUGCCCUGUGGUCAGCCUCUGCUGUUGAUGACCAUCACCUGGAUGGCUCUGGCCUUAGCCUCACCUGUGACCUCCCUCCCUGAGGCAGACAAAGGAAGGAGAAAGGUGGUUCAUGUGCUGGAGGAUGAGACCGGGGCUGUCAUUGUGCAGACCGCCCCCGGUAAGGUGGUGACUCACCGCGGGGGCUCCAUCACCCUGCCCUGCCGGUACCACCAUGAACCGGAGAGCGCCGACCUGGACCGCAUCCGCAUCAAGUGGACCAAGGUGUCGGACAGCCUGCAGUUCGAGGACGUGUUCGUUGCACUGGGCCGGCAGCAGAAGGUCUUCGGUUCGUACCGGGGCCGCGUGGCGCUGGAGAACAUGGGCCCCGGUGAUGCCUCGGUCGUCAUCCACAACAUCACGCUGCAGGACUACGGCCGCUAUGAGUGCGAGGUCACCAACGACAUGGAGGACGACACCGGCUUCGUCAACCUCGACCUGGAAGGAGUGGUGUUCCCCUACCAUCCCCGCAUGGGCCGCUACAAGCUCAACUACCACGAGGCAGAAGCGGUAUGCAGGCGGCAGGACGCCAUCUUGGCUUCACACGGGCAGCUGCACAAGGCCUGGCUGGAGGGGCUGGACUGGUGCAACGCGGGCUGGCUGGAGGACGGGUCCGUGCAGUACCCCAUCGCCCAGCCCCGGGAGCACUGCGGCGACAAGGACACCCCCCCCGGCGUGCGUAACUACGGCUACCGGCACAAGGAGGACGAGCGCUAUGACGCCUUCUGCUUCACCUCCAAUCUUAACGGCAAAGUGUACUUCCUGAAACGCUUCAAGAAGGUGACCUACGCUGAGGCAGCCAAGGCCUGUCUGCGCGACGGCUCCGCGAUAGCUAAGGUGGGCCAGCUGUACGCGGCGUGGAAGAUCCAGCUUCUGGACCGCUGCGAGGCCGGCUGGCUGGAGGACGGCAGCGUGCGCUACCCCAUCGUCAACCCGCGGGCGCGCUGCGGCGGCUCGCACCCCGGCGUCCGCACCCUGGGCUUCCCCGACAAGAAGUUCCGCCUCUACGGGGUCUACUGCUUCCAGAAGAACCCGGAGAAGAGUGCCGCUAGGGGAGCCCACGGAGCCGGGGGCAUCUGACGGAAAGCGGCGAGCGACUACGACCACGACACUCGCUCGUCCAGAGAUGACUGACGAGUCAAACGAGGUAGCAGGAACGGCCGGCAGGAACCGCCUGUGAUUUUACAGGGAUGUCAGUCAUCUGUGGCACAAGUGAGCCACAUUAAAGCCAAAACCAUAACACGACAGUAGCCAGAUACACCUGGUUUCACUCUUUAUUAUUGUGUCUGCUGCCAUUGUGAGGAAGGCUCCCCUUUCAGCUGCUACUUUUCAUUCGGUUUUCCAGCCAAUAAAAAAAAAAUAACGAGAUAUGGAGACCCAUCUACAUCAUCAACAAUAAUUAGUACAAAGACAGAACGGUAGCUCGUUAGAAAUCAUCACAUCACAGCCUUGAUUAUCUGACGAUGGCAUGAGAAAACCCACCGCCACAGCCGCGCGUCUCCCAAACGCAAGCCUGCAGCCUCCUUCAUGGAUGUCUCCGCUGUCCAGCUUCGCCCCCAAAGACUCUGCACGGUUCACACAGCAGGAGGAAGGAAGGUGUGAACCAGAAAGUGAAAUCACGUUCUGUUGACUCAGUGCGACACGCUUGCUUAUGCUUAUUCGGUAAUGAUUCAGACCUGAUAGUAAUAAAAACAAGCAUGUUUUAACUGUGAUUUAGGCCAAGGAACCCAAUUUGACAUACACUGUUCCUGCCAUGUAACUGAAAUAUUAGUGCAAUUACGGUCACAGUUACAGUAAUGAUACAACAAACUAAAUGAUAGCUCAGUACAGACGUUAGAACAUAUUAUAGUAAGUGUAAGAGUCUGUGGCUCUAAUGAGCCUCAUUCCUCGCUUAAGCAGUAGUUUUUGCCAGCAUGGGGCUUUGAAUUGAAAUGUUUGUUACAAUGCUUACGCUAACGCUAAUGUUAAGUUCCGCUUAAAAUGUCAAAACUAGCUGUAUGCGUCCCGGAGCACCGUCAGCAAAACCGCUCUGCUGAUGACGUUGGGAUGGUCUCGUCCUUACGUGGCGCUUACGAGGACAGAGUGAGAAGUCAGGAAUAGCACACCGCAUGCAGCGUUUAACAAAUGUGAAUUUACACUGAAUAUUGCCCUUUCGAGCCUGUUAGCUGGAAUAUAGAACUGAAUCUGACCUGUAGCUAUAAGCACAAGCAUUUCGUAAACAUAACCUAAACCCACUUUUGGGUUUUUAAAUUUCUCUCCGACACCCGAGCGUGAACUAUAAAAGGCUUAAUUUGCCAUUGUUCGAAAACUGAAAAGUCUCAAAUUAUUGAUGAAUGAUUUUUAUUUUAUUCCAUCUCUUAUUGUUUCGAGGCUGACAGCUAGAAGCAGUUCAGCAUCACUCACUCAUUAUUAUGGCUGGCAGUUGCCAUUGUAUAACAGACUCCCACAACAAUAGAUUGAAAGUAGAAGCUGAAUGUAAUGCUCUUGUCUUGCCUUUCUGCAGAGAUAUAUCCCAUCAGUUGGAAACAAACAUGUUCAUAUCUGUCCUGCCUUGGUUCCGGUCGGUCACGUGAUUCACUGCAGCAAUAAAAUGGAAAUGUGGUUUAUUCAAGAUGUUUUAAUGGCCGUAUGUAACAAGCACAUUGGAAUGAUUACUUAUUCUUCCCAGUACCAGGAAGAACAGUCUUCAAAAAAUCAAUAGAUAGACAAUUAGAUAUGCAAUAGCACAGUGAAGAUGAAUAACAUUUAGACGUUAUUUACAAAGUGGUGUUCUGUUGGCACAGUGUACUGGGUAUGGGUAGAUUAAAAGCCUUUAAUCAACACAGUGAGUUUGAACGAACAUGAAUAUGGUGUGGUUGUUCUUGGACCAACCCUUUCUCUCAGAACGGGAGCCAGGACCGCAGAGAGAAAGAUGGCGAGAGAGUGAGAGAGCAAGCCUCUUCAUUCUGCAUUUCUCUGCUGGAAAUGAAACGCAGUGACCUUGUAAGGACUGAGCAAUCCCCCCCAGAGUGAAAACAGCACAAUCGCGUAGCAGGAAGCUUUCAUCUGUGCGCUGUUUGUCAGCCGCUGACAGGGGUCAGCAAACUCGAGGAACGGUUUGUACGGAGAAGGCACACCAAGCCAAAACAACAGGGAGCAAUUGAGACGUUACCAGAUGAGCAGCGGAUUAAGGACGUGGAAAAAGCCCUGCGAUUCAGAAUCAGUGAUUAUCACUCAUCCACAAACUGUUCACAUACUAUAUACGUUGCAUUUAUUUAUGUUUGUAUAUACACACAUAAAUGACUAUAGAUGUAUAUUUGUAUGCAUACUCACAACCCUGUACUUGGAAAAACACUUUGGAAGAUUGUACAGAUGUUACAGAGGUGAUACAGACGUGUUAAAUACAAAUUUGAAUCCCA